CGGGACGAGAGAUUAUUAGCAUCUGUGGCUAAUUUGUAGCCGUGCCAGCUGGUGACAUUGCAGCUGAUCGACCAAUCACAAAGCUCCCAGAGGCUGUCAGGGCUCAGAGCAAGAUCCACCUGCCACUCUAAACCCCCCCCCCUCCACUGGGGACGAGUCUCAAAUCUGUAGAUGAGCCUCCUCUCCUCGUCUCUGUCUGCUCUCUGCUUCAUGUCACCUCCUCCCUCUGAUUCACGCUUCAGGCUUCUCAUCUGAAGACGUGAAACUCUGCUGUGACUCUGAAUUCACCUUUCAGGAUGAGACGAGGACAAAGAGACGGAGACAAAGACAAAGUGAAGGAGGGACAGUUUUUGAACUGAGUCUCACCCUAAGACACUUUCCCUCAGCCUGAUGAGAUCAGAGACACAGUGACUGUCUGUAGUGUUUCCUCUUCACAGCCGUACAACACAGACUGAGCCGCACAGGGACGCGUCACCAUGCCAACCGUCAAGAGCAAGAAGAAGAAGCCGAAGAAGGAAAUCAUCGACGGAGAGGAGCAGGGAGAAGUGGGUGUGGAGAUGGAGAUGGAGGAAGGGGUCAACAGGAGCCACUCUGAAAGCAGAGACCCUUUGACCCCAGAGCCGCCGGAUGCGGCACCACAGAAGAGGAAGAAAAAGAAGAAGGCGCCGACUAUCGACCAGGAAACAGAACACGCUGACGUGCCAAACGGUAACAUGGCUGAGCCGGCCUCUGAUGGAGAGGAGACGACUGUAGCUGUGAGAAAGACCAAGAGGAAAAAGAAAGCUAAGGCGACGGAGCACUACAGCAACGACCUGGGAGCCGAAGACGACGACAUCAUCACAGACGCUCAGUCCCCCAUCCCCCAGCAUUCCCUGUUCUCCGCCCCCCACGGACACAGCCAGCCGGUCGGCAAAGUCUUCGUGGAGAGGAACAGGCGUUUCCAGGGAGAGCGAGUGGAGCAGCUCCGACACUCAGAGCUGAUGGAUGACUACAUGGACCCCAGACAGAUCUGGACCACCAGAGACGUCGCACUGAGGGUCCACAGUAGCUUCAGGGUGAUCGGUCUGUUCUCUCACGGGUUCCUGGCCGGCUACGCGGUGUGGAACAUCAUCGUCGUGUACGUGCUGGCGGGCGAACAGAUGACCACGCUGCCCAACCUGCUGCAGCAGUACCAUCUGCUGGCUUACCCCGCCCAGUCCCUGCUCUACCUGCUGCUCGCCAUCAGCACCGUGUCUGCGUUCGACAGAGUGAACCUGGCCAAGGCCUCCAUGGCCCUGAGAGGCUUCCUCACCCUGGACCCCACUGUUCUGGCCUCUUUCUUGUAUUUUAUAGCCCUGAUCCUGUCGCUGAGCCAACAAAUGACCAGUGAUCGUAUCAACCUUUAUCCCACAGCCAACGAGACUCUGUGGCCUCCAGGUUCAGAGCAGCAGAUCCUGCGGCCGUGGAUUGUAGUGAACCUGGUGGUGGCGCUGUUGGUGGGCCUGGCCUGGGCCGUCGUCUCCUCACGGCCGGACGUCGACUACACAGAAGAGUUUUUGAUGGCGAUGGAGGUGGAGGGAUACCCGAGAGGAGACGAGAACCUGGACGUCCCGGCCUGAACCCUGAGAACCUCUCUCUCUCUCUCUCUCUAUCUCUACCUCUCUCGCUCUCUCUCUCUUAAUCAAAAUCCGUUUUCUUGUUUGUCUGAUGUAUGUUUUUGUACUAUAUAUUACCUAGCACUUUGUUUUCCUGGGGAUGGUUUUGUAAAUAAAGAAAUACAGUACGUGUACA